AUGUCUGCUUGCUCAGAUGAAGGCAUCACUUGGCACUUGGUCCCACCCAAGGCCCCACACUUCGGCGGCCUAUGGGAGGCGGCCGUCAAAGUUGCAAAGAAACACAUCUUCCGUCAAUUAGGGUCGUCGCGUCUUUCAUUCGAAGACAUGUGUAUCGUUUUAACGCAAAUCGAGGCAAUUAUGAAUAGUCGUCCACUACUUCCGAUGACUGAAGAUCCAAAUGACAUGGCCGUAUUAACUCCUGCCCACUUCUUAAUCGGUUCCACGUUGCAUGCCCUGCCCGACCCAGACGUUCACAGCAUACCAACCAGCAGACUUCAUCACUAUCAACAAUUGCAACAAUUUGGGCAACGAUUCUGGAUACACUGGCGACAGGACUACGUGCAGGAACUGUUAAAAGAUACUCGUGGAUGGGCACUUAACGACGGCAUUGUUCCUGGCCGGAUGGUCAUUCUCGUCGAUGAAAUGCAACCAGCGAUCCGGUGGCCUCUAGCUCGCAUCGAAGCAAUCAAGCCGGGGAAGGACAAUAUCACUCGGGUGGUUUCUCUUCGAACUGCACGGGGCAUCAUUGUGCGUCCAAUUAGCAAAAUUUGCCUUCUACCAUCCUCCGUAGCGGCUUCGAAUCCCGUAAACGAACUGGAGCAAUUCAACGAAGAACAAGAGGCUUACCAAUCGCUAAUUUGUUGA